GAACGAGACAGCAUGAUAUAAAUACAGAUGGCUCCUCUUGUUACUACCGGGUCUCUAUGCUUCAUACGCUAAGAUAUUAGUGGAAAAGAGGAAAAAGCUUUUAUUYGUGKUUUUCUUGUCUUCAUUUUGACAAGUUCUGUCGAUGUCUUCACAUGUUUCCGAAGAAGAUAUCAAUUUAGUGAGCAACUUAGGGUGUCAAUCGAAUAACACGAAAUGUCUUCAUGGCACAAAGGAGUCAGCAAAACAAAACCGUUUCAAUGAACAAGACAACGAAGAAUGUCAUAAUUUAAURAAUAGUGAUAAUUCAGGAUCUGAAUGUAGUAGUCCSAAAGAAAUAGCCAGAACUGACAAAUCGCCUACGAGUAGAAACAUUAGUGAUAAGGGAUCGUCUUUCAACAUCGAAUGUGGUUGCCCAACAUCUUUCGAAAUAAAACGACAAAGUAGCCAAGAUACGAAUGUUUCAAGUAGCAAUGGUGAUAUAGUAGAAGAUGUGAGUUCCAGACAGCAGUUUCUACUUCCAAGUGGCAAAGAAAUGUCAGACAACGGCAGUGGAAGGCUCUCCGAAGGCGAUUCUUCGUCUGUGCAUCAUUCACAAACCGCAAUGCACCUCUCAAGUACUUCAAAUAAUUGCACUAAUAAUAAAAUAGAAAAUAACGAUUUUUGUGGCUCACCUCUAUCAGAUAUAACUGAUCCAGAACUAGCUCAAGUUAARGUACAGGAAUGGGUCUCGAGGGAUAGCAACAAAGCAAGCAAAAAAGUGCCUUUUUCCGAAUCACCAAGUAGUGACUUUGAAUGCAACUCUUCAUGUGCUGAAGACAGUGGGAUAAGUUCCACUGUUAGAGACGACGAAAUGGAAGAAAUUCCAUUAGCUGAUGGUACUUUAAGUCCAGAACUUUUCCAAGAAAUGUCCAAACUUAAUGUGAACGACAUGGUGUCUUCUUGGGUUCCUAAGAGCAGUAAUACCUAUUCUCCAAACGUAAACAAAUUGUCCUCGGUUACUACUGCAGAAACCCAGGCAUCACAGAACAGACGAAAUCCAGGAAGUGAUCAAGGUACGGUUGGUUGGAAACUAUUUGGUAGAGUUCCUCCUAAAGAAUCAGCCCAGUUCCAAACAUUCCAAAGAGGUGGCGUAGUGAGGAGAUCAUUUGAAAGACCSUUAUCYAGGAAACCAAAAUCGCCAUCUCUAAAAAAGAAUACCACUUCUGUGACAAAUUCAACUACAGCUCUGAUAUUUGAAAAUAGGCCAAGAAAUCUUCCUGCAAAGUCUCCAACAGAAGAGAAGAAACACAGACAACAAUAUGAAGCCAUGGUAGCACAGGCUAGAAAGAAAGAACUUCAAGAAGCGAAAAAACAAGAAAAACAACUGAAGAAAAAAGACAAYCAGGAGAAGCAGAUUGUCAGUGCAGCUACAGUCUGGAUGAAUGAUAUCCUGACAAACUGGGAGACAAUGAAAAGCUCACGUAAAGCSAAGGAGCUAUGGUGGCAAGGAAUUCCWCCCAGUGUCAGAGGAAAAGUAUGGAAGUUGGCAAUAGGAAAUGAUUUACAGAUUACAUAUGAACUUUUUGACAUCUUUCAAGCUCAUGCUUUUGAAAAGCUCAUAGUCACMCGCAACAARAAGAAAAGGUUAAAGCAAUCCAAGUCAAUAGCUGAAUUACCAACUAAUAACUUUAUACCAGUGGUCAGUAGUGAYCAUAAAGUAGAGCUGAUUAUGCUUGACGUYUCYAGGACUUUUCCAUCACUCUGUAUCUUUCAAGAGGGUGGUCCAUUUCAUGACCUGCUACAUAGCAUUCUUGGAGCCUAUACAUGUUACAGACCAGAUGUUGGAUARGUUCAAGGCAUGUCGUUCAUUGCUGCAGUUUUACUUCUAAACAUGGACCCACCAGAUGCCUUUGUCUGCUUUGCUAAUCUURUAAACAAACCCUGUCAAUUGGUGUUUUUCAGAGUAGAUCAUCCAAUGAUGAAAGCCUAUUUUGCAACUUUUGAAAUCUUACUGGAUGAGUUCCUGCCUAAAAUUGCCAGCUUGUUUGUGGAAGAGAAUUUUUCUCCUGACAUGUACCUGAUUGACUGGAUCUUCACAUUAUUUAGUAAAUCACUMCCCCUUGACGUGGCCUGUCGUGUGUGGGACGUAUUCUGUAGGGAUGGUGAUGACUUUUUAUUUCGUACAGCUUUAGGAAUUCUCAAGCACUAUCAGCACGAUUUGAUAGGKAUGGAUUUUAUUCACUUGGGGCAGUUUCUUAGUAAGCUACCAGAUGACAUAUCAGCUGAUAAACUAUUUGAAAGCAUUGGAUCCAUUAAUUUAAGCCGACAAAAGUUCAAUCAAAUUCUUACUCAACAAAAAGAACUGGCAACACAGAUCAAGUCUGUGACGGCAUCAGCGGGAAAAUGAGGCAUACAGUAACCUGUGAAUUAGUAAUAAAGACACUAUUUGUAUUUGGGGGAAAUUGGGUGAAAAGAUGUGUAUUGUUGUGCUGCCUGUGUUUUACUAAAUGUGUUGGGCUGCCUGUGUUCAUGAAAGAGGACUACUCCAAGAAAUCUUAUUGACUAAGUAAUUACUUGGRUUCUACAAGAUUAAGUACAUUCACAUAAUGAAAUGUUGAAAUUGAGACUGCACAKUGAUCUCUGUGUUUCAAUAAGGCAGCGGGCGCUAAGAAUCACAUCAUUUACAUAUACCAAAAAAUCACUUUUUAUAGGUUUUCUUUUUUUGCUUAUAUUAAUUUUAUAAUUUUGAUUAGGGAAUGAWUUAUAAAUUCAAUUAUUACAGAUACAUCUAAUUACAAAAACGUUGUCUUGGAGGAAACAUUAUAUGACAAAAGAUGACCACUGAAGCCAAAAACUUUCUUUUGUAUUUUGAUUAAUUCCUAUAUAGCAAAAGUUCUCUUUCUUGUACAACAUUUUUAUAAUUAUGUGUAUAUAUAGUGUCAUUAUUCAUAGGAAACAAAUUAUAAUAUUUAACCUGUACUCUGAGAAUACAACGAGUCAGACUACUACACAGUUUCCAUAUCUUAAGUACCUCAAUUCUUUUGGAAAUUUAUUUUUGUAUUAUUAUGUUACAAGUAGGCACCAUAAUGAGAGUUACAGUAGACAAAGGAGUUGUUCAAAUGAGAUUUCUCUAUUUUGUUUUAAAUCAGAAUGUCCACUUGAUGCAAAACCAUUUUAAUUGUGAAAUAGAGAGUUGGAGCAUGAAGAAAGCCGUGAAAUAGAUAUUACACUAAAAAUAUUAAUAUUGUGACUUACCAGAGGUCUCCGUCUUAUUUCGUUUGUGUGUGGUUAGUAAACUAAAAUAUCCUAAGUAGACUAUUUACUUUUGUAAUAUCUAUGUUGCGGUUGCUUUGAGCUCGCUGUGGUAUUUUCAUUAUUAAUUUGUCUUCAAUUGACGAUAUAUUACUAAUCCAUUUUCUUUCACGGGUUAAGUGUCUUCACUCUGUAUCUAUUACGUUAUGAUAAUGAUGAUGAUGAUAAUUUCAAGAUUAAGAUUAUGUUUAAUGGAAGAUAUUUGUAAAUAGAUUGUACAAUGAUAUUAAAUUGAAUUUUCAGA